GAAUGCAGAUGCCAAGUGAUUUAUACAGAGAAAGACGCAUGUGAGCAGGACAAACCUGGAACCAACUGCCUCAGGGGAAAAUUCAGAAAAACAUUUCCCUGUCCUGAACCUACAAAUGCAUAUUCUGUCAGUGGAACCUGUUCCACAGCAGUUUGCAAUAAAACGAGCGAUUGUCGACCAGAAUGCAAACAUCAUAGGGAGCUUUUUCUCACAGCAAACCCAACAGAAGUGCCUUUCAAUGAGUCGAAUAUAAUCAAAAAGGUCUUGGAAAUCGGAGUGGGGUUUCAAAGUUCAGUGUCCAUUUGUUUGGACAACUUUGCUGGACUGGUGGAGUUUGAUGACACGUUUUUUGUGUCCCUUUCAGACAAGUUGACAUGGAUUGAGUGGCUCAAGAAACAUUCCAGCAUCAGCCUGAUCAUUGUUUCAUCAGCAUUGGGUGCAGUUCUGUUGUUGUUCCUGUAUUUCCUUGUCAGGAGUAUUAGCAGAAAGUGUAAACGUCCCAGCAAAAAAUCUGAGAUGCAUCACCAGGAAAUUGAAGAGCCAAUGGCAGAUCUCCCUGAUGAGAAUCAAAGGUUGGAAAUCCGCAAAAUUCCGCAAGGUCGUUUUGCUGUCACAAAUGAACAUGACCGAAUGCGCUUGCUGAUGUUGGCAUCAUUGGAUGGCUGCAAAAGUCGGACUUCAGCCCUUGUGCUGCACCCUGCUGGGAACUUUUUGCGCACAGCCUUCCUGUUCCUUAAAGCACUGAGUUGUCUCACAAUAGAGUUCCUCCUUCUCCUCAUGGCAGGCCACACACUGUGCCAACUGCUCACAGACUCUGGGGGAGCAGUGGAGGCACUUGCCACUGAUCCCUCACAACAAGAAGACUCCUGCCUCACAUUUUCCCCAUCCUGGUCAGUCCCAGUG